CAUGAGUGAACGCACGUCUUGUGAAUAGAAGUUGCAGUUUCAAUAAAAAUAUAGAACUGUGUUUGAGAAAUGUGAAUAUAGUGUCGUUGUGAAGUACAAUAAAAUGUAUCGCAAAAUUGUGUGGUGUUACAUUAUAAUAUUGACGUUAUUGGAUAUAUCACACAACAGCAAACUGACAGCGCAGGGAAAGAGCCAUGGGGUCUCAUCAGCAGGUGUACAUGACCACUUGGUAGAGGGGAUCACUAUACAGGAAUGGGGCAAAGACUCCGGGGCAGCGGGCUCGUCGGAGGGCCCGGCGGAGGGCGCGAGCAGCGCGGGCGCGGGCGCGGGCCCGCCGGGCACGGCGCUGCGGCUAUCGCCCGCGUCGCUGCACCUGGGCCCGCGCCCGCUCGCCACGCCGCACGCCGCCGCCAUCACGCUCACCAACCUCGCCAACAACACGCUGCACCUCGCCUCCGUCUCCGGCACCACUGCUGACUUCCACGCCUCAUUCUUCGAAGCUAAGUCGCUGGCGCCCGCGGGCAACACGUCGUUCAGCGUGGUGUACUUGGGGCGGUGCGAGGGCUUGGUGUCGGCCACGCUGUACAUCCACACGUCGCUGGGCGUGCACCGGCUGCAGGUGUCGGCCGAGGGCGUGGCCUCCGACUGGGGCGUGUGGCCGCUGCUGGCGCUGCGGGUGCCCAGCAACGCGUCGCUCUCGCCGCUGCUCACGCUCAGGAACCCCACGCCGCACCCCGUGCAGGUGAGCGAGGUGUACUCGUCGGGCGGCUGGGUGCGGCUGGCGCUGCCGGCGGGCGCGGCGGCGGCGCCGCGCGCGGCCUGGCUGCUGCCGCCGCACGGCGCGCGGCCGCUGGUGCGCCUGCGCGUGCUGCCGCCGCCGCACCACCACGUGCACACCGCCUACAUCAAGAUCAAGGCCAACAUCACGGGCGGCGGGCUCGUGCUGGCCGUGGAGGCGCGCGCCGCGCCGCCCGGCGAGUACGCCGAGCCCGUGCAGCUGCGCAUGCGCGCGCGCGGCACGCGCGACCCGCCCGACACGUUCUCUAUCUCGGUGGGCAACAGCGCGGGCUCGGCGCUGCGGCUGGAGGCGGGCGUGUGGGGCGCGCGCUGCGGCCCGCAGCCGCAUGACGUCACCGCCUACGACCACGAACACCACACCAACGGCGUGAAGUCAGAAGGCGCGCACGUGUCGUUGCUGCGGUCACACCUCGAGCCACACCAGGAGCUCACGCGCACCGCAGAGUUCACGCUCGACUACGAGAAGCUGUGGGGCGGCUACGUGGGCCAGGGCGGCGGCGGCGAGGGCGGGGGCGGGGGCGGCGCGUGGUGCGGCGGGGUGCUGCGCCUGGGCCGCGCCGCCGUGCCCUACAGCCUGCGCCUGCUGCCCGGCACGCUGCGGCUGCAGCCCAACGACUUGCAGUUCGUGCUGUCGGCGGGCGGCGGCACGCGGCACGUGGAGCUGCGCGUGCACAACGGGUUCGGCGUGGGCGUGCGGCUGCGGCACGUGGCGGCGCCGCGGGCGCUGCGCCUGGCCGGCUGGGCGCCGCGGACGCUGCCGCCCGGGGGCAGCGCGCUGCUCGCCACGGUGUCGCUGCGGGACGGCGCCGCGACGGCCACGGUGGACGACAAGCUGGUGAUACACACCAACGUGACGGACUACAGCAUACCGCUGGCGGUGUACGACGGCCGGCUGCAGGUGGAGUGGGAGUGGGCGGGCUGGGCGGGCGGGCCGCUGCGCGUGGGCGCCGUGGGCGCGUCCAGCACGUGGCACGUGGCGGCGCGCCUGCGCAACCCCGCGCCGCGGCCGCUGUGCGCGCGCGCCGCGCACGCCACGCUGGCCGGCGCCGACCUCGUGCUGCCCGCCUGCGCCGCGCACCGCCCCGCGCCCGAGGACCACCCCUGCCGCGAGUGUAUUCCCGUGCGUGUGCCGCAGCGCUGCAUCCCGGGCGGCGGGUGGAUGGCGGCGACGCUGACGCUGGUGGCGCCCGCGACGGCCGGCGCGCUGAGCGGCGCCGUGCACGUGCGCACGCAGCACGGCCUCACCGUCAGCGCCGUCAGCGCCACCGUGCACGCCGGCCGCCUGCACGCGCCGCCGCUGCGGCUGGCGCCCGCCGCGCCCUACGCGUGGGCGGAGGCGCCGCUGACGGUGGAGAGCACCAUGGCGCUGCACAUGCGCGUGCUGGGCGCCGACCAGCAGCCGCGCACCAAUCACGACCCCGCGCUGCAGUUCGUCAUGUCGGAGGAGGCGCCGGAGAUCCGGCCCGGGAACCACACGCUGGGCCGCGUGCUGUACGCGCCCGAGGUGCUGUGCGCGCCGCACUGCUACACGGGGCUCGACGUCGAGUCCGCAGAGGGCGCGGCGUGGGCGGCGGCGGCGGGCCCCGAGUACGCGGCGCCGGCGCGGCGCCAGGAGCGCGCGCUGCUGGGCGCGCGGCGCGCCGCGCAGCUGCGCCAGGCCGCGCCGCUGCUGCUGCGCAACCGCACGCUGCUGCUGCGCACCGACCAGGUGGCGCAGAUCCGCGUGGAGGUCGGCGUGUCCCUGGCGUGGCCGCGGCUGCUGGCGACCGCGGGCCCGGGCUGGGCGGGGCUGGCGGCCGUGGGCGCCGCCAGUGCGCUGACCCUGCGCCUGCGCAACCCUUCCCGCAGCCACUCGCUGCUGCUGCAGCCCGUGCUCGGGCCCCCGCCUGACCGCCCGCUCCCGGACGUAUGGGAACCUGAAUCGGAGAUAUGCAAGCAAGAAGAGUGUAUCUACAAUCGAGAAGCCUUCACGAUGAACGGGUGGCGCGUGGUGACGGGCGCGGCGUGGGAGUGGAACGGCUCGGAGGGCUCCCCCGAGGGGGCGGCGGGGGGUCCCGGGGGCCAGGGCGGCGGGGGGCCCUCCUCGCUGCUGGCGCUGCCGCUGCUGCGACUGGCGCCUGCGUCUGAGAUCGACGUCGACAUCACGUUCGCGCCGCGCGAGCCCGCCACGCUCACCGCCUACUUGUAUUUAAGAAAUAACUUGACGAUAGUGGAGGGCGUACAAUUAGUCGGGCGCGGAGCGUUCCCGACCUUCGAGCUGGGCGGGCGGCGACCCGGCUCUACGACGCCGCUGCUGUUUGAGGUGAGCGAGUGCGGGGCCAACGGCGUGGUCCGGCGCACGCUGGCGGCGCGCAACACGGGGCUGGUGGGCGUGCGCCUGCGCGACUGGCGGGUGGCGGGCCGCGCCUGCGCCGGCCGCGGCUUCGCGCUGGAGCCCUGCGCCGCGCUCACGCUGGCGCCCAACCAGUCGGCGCCGCUCACGCUCACCUUCACGCCCGACUUCACGCUGGCGCGCGUGGCCGCCACGCUGGAGCUGCGCUCGGAGCGCGCCCGCGCCGCCUUCCGGCUGGCCGCCGUCACGGCGCCGCGCACGCUGCGCGACUGCGCCGCGCAUGCGCCGCGCCCGCCCUUCGAGCCGCCGCUGCGCGCCGCCGGCUCGCUGCUGGCGCUGGCGCUGCUGGCGCUCGUGCUGGCGGCCGCCGCGCUGGACGCCGAGCGCCUGCUGCGCCGCGCCCGCGCCGCCCGCCUGGCCGCCGCGCCGCGCGCCGCGCUGGACCUGCGCGCGCUACACGCGCCACAAGCGCCACCAGCGCCCGCGCCCCGCGCGCCCCGCGCCGUGCCGCGCCGCCGCCGCGCCCGCAAGCACGACCCGUGCGCCGAGAGCCGCGCCUUCGAGCGCUGGCGCGCCGGCCUGCGCCGCGCCCGCCGCGACGACCGCUCCAGCGACGACGCCGAGCCCGACCCGCCGCCGCCGCGCACCAGCAGCUCCGGCGAGUCCGAGUCCGAGUCGCCGCCGGAGCCCGACUACGACGAGCGCCGGCCGCGGGAGCCGCGCGCGCCACCGCAGCCCGAGGACGAGAGCACGCCCGAGCCGGCCGACGCGGAGCCCGAGGCCGAGCCGAGCGCGCGCGCCUCGCCGCUGGCGGCGCCGAGCGAGGCGCAGGCGCGGGCGGCGCGGCGCCGCGACGCCGACCCGCGGCGCGAGCGGCGCGCCGACGCGGAGGCGCGCGCGGCCCGGGCGGCGGGCGGCAAGGCGGCGCCGCGGCGCGACAAGCCGGGCCGCCGCCGCGAGCGCGCGCCGCCCACGCCGCCGCGCGCCGAGCCGCCGGCGCCCGAGGCGCGCGGCGCCGCGCCCGCGGCCCAAGGCGUGCGCUGGGGCGCCACGUGGUCGUCCGUGGUGGCGCGCUCGGCCGCCGCCACGCCGCCGCAGCCGGCGCCGCCCGCCGCCCGCGCCGCCCGCGCCGACCCCGAGCCGGCGCGCUCCACCCCCUCCGACAACUCGCUGUUCUACUUCAACGGCGACCAGCCCGUCACGCGCCCGGAGCCCGAGUACGGCUGGCGCGCCUCGCCCUCCGACCGACCCUUCGGAUCACCCGCCAGAGAAUUCCUUGACGAGCCGGUGCGGUCGGGCGGCGCGUACGGCAGCAUCGGCAGCGCCAGCCCGGCGCCCGUGUGGGCCGGCCCGCUGGAGGCGCGCGCGCCCGGCGCCGCCUGGCCCUGGCCCUCCUACUCCGCCGCGCCAGGAUCAGGCGCAGUGCGCCCGCCUCCAGGAUUCGGCUCCUCACCAGCGACUACCGUCGGUUCGGGAUGCGUGGGCGCAGUCGGUAACUCCGUGGGCGCAGUCGGUACCUCAGUGGGCGCCGUGGGUACCUCAGUGGGCGCCGUGGGCACCUCAGUGGGCGCCGUGGGCUCGCCCGUGGGCGCCGUGGGGUCCGUGGGCGCGGUGGGCGGCGCGCGGCCCUUCGACCCGUUCCACUCGCUGGCCGCCAUCUGGUCGCGCACGGCGCUGGACUGGCGCGCGGACGCCGCGGACGAGCGCCAGUAGGGCGCGGCCGCCCGGGGCGGCGCGCGGCGCUGCGCUAGUCACCGUCCCACAGCGCGCGCGCGCCGCCCCGGCCGCACUCCGUGGCCCUCCACCUCCCGGGAUCUUCCUCACGUCCGUCUCUACCCCGAGCUCGUGUAGUAUGAUGGCGAUGCUAGUCGCGAUUCGAUAUGUUAGUGUCACUCGAUCGUCUGUUCAAGACUGAAUAAACUUACAUUUCGCUAAUUA